ACGCGACUAGGAGCGAUGGUGUGAACCCCAGUUGAUUCGCUCCUAUUGAUUGCGCGACGGUACACGUCCCGUCGACCGAAACGUCGCAUCGCGCGAGCGGUUUUUCCUCCGUAUUCGCGCCGCCACGUUCCAGCGACCAACGCCGAUCAGUGACGAGCCGCGAGAGAACCGUCCGAGAGCAGUGACGAACGAGAGCAAGAUGACGCCGGAAGGAUAUACGCGUGUUUACGUGGGUGGGUUGAACGAGAGCAUCAAAAAGGAAGACCUGCAGAUGGAGUUUGAGAAAUACGGCAAGCUGAACAAGGUCUGGGUUGCCUUCAAUCCGCCGGGUUUCGCAUUCAUCGAGUUCUUCAAUAUGAACGAUGCCGAACUAGCGUGCUGCAACAUGAACGGCAUGGAGAUUAUGGGUGCAAAAUUGAGAGUGGAGAUUUCACGGGGUAGAGGUCGCGGCGGGGGCAGAGGUGGCGGUGCGGGUGGUUUCAGAGGUGGUCGCGGGGUUGGUGGUAGGGAAUUCGGCAGCCGGGGCGGUACCACCGUGGGUUACAGGGGCAGUACUUACGCAGAUUACGGAGGCAGCUAUUAUGCAGGCAGGGGUGGUGGAAGUAGGGGCAGAGGUCGUUACGGAGAAGACUAUAUGUUCAAUCGCAGCGGCGGGUAUGUUACGCGAGAUGGAUAUACGCAGGAUGUCUACGGUAGUGGUGGAGACACCGGCGCCGACUACUAUACCGGGAAGGAUACGAGCACAGCGAGGUAUCGAAGCCGCUCUCCCGCUGGCCGUGGCAGUCAUCGUCAUCUACGUGAAUGCACAUAAAAGAACUACGCUGCGUCUUGCCAAUCUGAACUGCGGGCCGAACAGCCACCCGCCUCGACGACUUCAUUUCUGUCCAAUCUACACAGCGACCUGUAUAUAAACAAGAACUACCAUUGCAGUUUGCGCUGUGCAAUGUUUCCCUUGCAUCGUACCACAUCCACAGAACCUGUGGUCGCUGCCAGGGAACACUUUCUAUGAUUAACAGACUCAAAAGUCUCCCCAAGUGCACCCUCACGCGAAACGAAAAAAUGGGAUGAGAAAAAAAAAUAUAAAAAAAUCGCAAGAAUUAUUUCGAACGAUUAGUAUUUGAAGGAGUAAUUAACAUAGGGCUGUAAUCCAUAGGAACUGUAACGCUAUUUACAAAAUCAUCACAUUAUUUUUUAGAUGAGGUUUAGAUUGGUUUUUACGUUUUUCGAACCUAUUUUUCUUGUUUUAUACACUUGUUGAAAGUGCGGAAUUUUCAGAAUGGUUUCUCUGAUGUGACUUAUAAUUAUAUCGUGCUUUAUUUACGUGCAUCUUACGUUACACGCUUAUAAUACGUACGCAUAUAGACUCUCUCUCUUUCUCUCUCUCUCUUAACUGUUACAAAUUUAAUAUUUUAUAAAAUAUUUUUGAUGAUUUACUUUAGCUUCCACCGUUUUCAAUUUACUUUCCGAUAAGUUUUCAAGACUGCAAUACGACGGUCCAUGAUCUUGUGAAUAUCAUUCUCGCGUAUUUAGAUAGAAACACGUGUGUGCUCGCUUAUUCUAUGAAUAGUAACGAUUUUAUAUGAAAUCGGGAAGGAGAUAGGGAUUCACGCGCCAACACUAGCCAAAUGCAAACUGCUGCUCGCAUCUAAUGAUUAACUUAACCGUGCAAGUGCACGAAAAAAAAAAAAUAAAAAUAAAGCAGUUCUCCUGCAAGCAAUUUCGACGCACAAACGACGAGAUCAAAAUCUAUAGCGGGGACUAAAAAAUUCCCGUCUGCGAUAUAUCGUUAUCGAUAUAUCACGAUACAUCUUCCACGCUUCGUUUUUGUGAUAUUACGUGCGGAAACAGUGCUGCAUUUGGAAAGAGACACGUUCGAGCGUCUGCUUUCGUCGUUCCAGAAGCUCGUAAAUAAGAAAGUGAUAAAAUAGUGGUAAUGAUGUGUAUAUUACCUCUACUGUGUAAAUGAUAUGGAAUUGGAAAUUGAGAUUAAACGAUUUGCGCCCA